AGGGUGGUCUCUCACAACGUUUUCAAACUAAAUCAGGAUUGAGACAGGGCUGCUUAAUGAGUCCCUUGCUAUUUUCUUUGUUUUUAAAUGAUUUAAAUGAUGAACUGGGUGGAGGACUAUUGAUAAAUGGUAAGAGGAUUCGGGUCUUAUUAUACGCUGAUGACAUAGCUUUGAUUUCUGACUCUCCAGUAGGGCUUCAGUACAUGAUAAAUAAUUUAGAAAGGUACUGUGAAAUGUGGAAUUUGAAAGUAAAUCUAGAUAAGUCAAAAAUAAUGGUCUUUAGGAAUGGAGGAAAACUAGCUGGGUGUGAGAAAUGGACAUUUAAAAAUGAGCAGAUUGAAUGUGUAAAUAGAUACAAAUAUUUGGGGGUAGUUCUUACACCAACAUUGAAUUUUGAAGCUCAUUUGAAAGAAAAAUCAGAUAAGGCUAAACUUGCGGUGAAUUUGGCUUGGAGAGGUCUUUUAAAUAGUGAUAAUAUAGAUUUCACAGCUAAAUGUAAAUGGUUCAAAGCUUGCGCAAGGGCAGUUCUGUGUUACGGAGCUCAAGUAUGGGGCUAUAGACAGUAUGAUACUGUAGAAAAAUUUCAGAGAUUUUUCAUUAAGAAAGUGUUCUCGCUUCCUAUAAACACCCCAAACUACAUGUUGUUUAUUGAGACAGAACUGUCACCUCUUUUUGAGUACUGUCUCAGGUUGCAUUACAACUAUAUUACAAAAGUUAUGGAAAUGAAAGAAGGUCGACUUCCAAGAUUUCUAGUGGAAGAAGUAAUAAAAAAGAGAGUCUUCUGGUUUAAAGAUUGGAGAAAAUUGUGUAAUGAUAUAGGGAUAAGUUAUAAUGACAAUAUUAAUUGGAGUAAUAAAUUUAAGAAAAUUCUCUCAGGCUUGGGCAUAAUUCACAGGGAUAAAUUCUUACAGGACGCACAAGCAGGCCAUUUCCAUUCAUUGUAUAGAUCAUUGAACCUACAACUGGGUGAGAACAAUUACAUAAAGAGGAAUAAUUGUGAUUUGUGGGUGAUGAGAUGGGUUUUUAAAGCGAGAGGCGAGCUGAUCGAUUUGAACUAUAAGCCAUGGGUGUCAGAUAGGAACUAUACUUGUUCAAUGUAUAUUGAUCGAGCCUGA